AGAGGCGGAAGUUGAAUGUGCUGACGCAGCUGGGGGAACUUUGCCUCUAUGGCACCUUCCUGUCCGCGACUCCGCCCCCGCCGGAGGGGCUCGGCUCGGGAAUUCAAGAUGGAGUCGCUGAGUAGAGCUGGGCAGGAGAUGAGCUUAGCGGCCCUGAAGCAGCACGACCCCUACAUCACCAGCAUCGCAGACCUCACGGGCCAGGUCGCUCUGUACACCUUCUGCCCCAAGGCCAACCAGUGGGAGAAGACUGAUAUAGAAGGGACCUUAUUUGUAUAUCGAAGGUCAGCCUCACCUUACCAUGGUUUUACCAUUGUGAAUCGACUGAAUAUGCACAAUCUGGUUGAACCAGUGAAUAAAGAUUUGGAAUUUCAGCUCCACGAACCAUUUCUUCUAUAUAGAAAUGCAAGCUUGUCAAUAUACAGCAUCUGGUUUUACGACAAGAAUGACUGUCACCGCAUAGCCAAACUCAUGGCCGAUGUUGUAGAAGAGGAGACACGGCGGUCCCAGCAAGCGGCUCGGGACAAGCAGAGUCCCAGCCAGGCCAACGGCUGCAGUGACCACAGGCCCAUUGACAUCCUGGAGAUGCUAAGCAGAGCCAAGGAUGAAUAUGAGAGGAAUCAGAUGGGCGACUCCAAUAUCUCCAGCCCUGGGUUACAGCCAAGUACUCAGCUCUCCAAUCUGGGAAGCACCGAGACUCUAGAAGAGAUGCCAUCGGGGUCACAAGAUAAGUCUACUCCAUCUGGACACAAACAUCUGACAGUGGAAGAAUUAUUUGGAACCUCUUUGCCAAAAGAACAGCCAGCUGUUGUGGGUCUGGAUUCAGAAGAAGUGGAGAAGCUGCCAGGAGAUGCCUCCCAGAAAGAGUCCAGCUCAUUCCUACCAUUUUCCUUCGAGCAGUCAGGCGGAGCCCCUCAGUCGGAAAACCUGGGUGUCCAUCCUGCUGCCCACCACUCAGUCCCACCUGAAGUCCCCACCCCGGUGCUGAUCACUCCUGCCUCCAUCACACAGUCCGGUGACAAACAGGCCCCAGGCUAUGCCAUCCCACUGCGCCCUGUGCUCAGUCCCACUCUACCAGCAGAAGCUCCUACGGCACAGGUUCCCCCCAGCUUACCCCGAAACACCACCAUGAUGCAGGCGGUGAAGACCACGCCGAGACAGAGGUCUCCACUCCUGAGCCAGCCAGUCCCUGAGCUGAGCCACGCCAAUCUGACUGCCACCCAGAGCCCCUUCAGGGCCCCCCUGAGCGUGACAAACACAGCUGGUACAUCCCUCCCAAGCGUGGAUCUUCUCCAGAAACUCAGGUUGACCCCACAGCAUGACCAAAUACAGACGCAGUCGCUUGGGAAAGGGCCCGUGGCACCCAGCUUUUCCCCAGCAGCCGGCCAGCUGGCCACACCCGAGAGCUUCAUAGAGCCUCCCUCUAAGACCGCAGCAGCUCGAGCCUCAGCAUCCCUGAGCAACAUGGUGCUUGCUCCCCUUCAGUCUAUGCAGCAAAACCAGGAUCCUGAAGUCUUUGCCCAGCCUAAGGUGUUAUCCAGUGCCAUCCCGGUCGCAGGCCCCACACUGGUUACUGCAACAACCAUGGCAGUGUCUUCAGUCCUGUUGUCCCCAAGUGUUUUCCAGCAGACAGUUACAAGGUCCGCAGACCUCGAGAGGAAAGCAAGCGCCCCUUCUCCGCUGACUGUUGGAACGUCAGAAAAUCAGAGAAAGCCUUCCAUUAUUCUCAGCAAGUCUCAGCUCCAGGAUACAUUAAUACAUCUAAUAAAGAAUGAUUCCAGCUUCCUCAGUACACUUCACGAAGUCUACUUGCAGGUUCUGACCAAGAACAAAGACAACCACAACUUAUGACUGGAGCAGAAUAAAUCCGAAGGCAGAAUGUCGACCUCAGAAACAAAUAGGCCUCAUCAUGGAAACUUCUAAACAGAACAUUGAGUUUUGAGAAUCCUGAAAUUGAGCCUAUGAGAAAGAGACUCAUUCCUUAAGAAUGUUUUCCAAGUGACGUUCUCAGUGAUAAUGGAGGUUUCACUGUGAAGCAUCACCAGCAGACCUUUGUUUUGACAAGAAAAAAAAAAAAAAACCAUUGUGUUAAGUUGUGUGGGUGUUUUCAUCAGCUCUAAGAAAGGAUGUGAAAUAAGGAGUCUGGUUUUCAGCUUGCUUUCACCCUCAAGGUCUUAGGGAGGAGGGGUCACCAGCCUUGCAGCAGAGUUCAGUCCAGCCCGCACCCCUUCCCCUGCUCCUCCCUCCUAGAAAUUUGAGCCUUAGGCUGAUAGUCAAGUUCUGAACAGAGCAGAA